UAAAGCUGUUUUCUUAAUGGCCCUGAAAGCAGGUCUGCCGGUUCCCAGCAUGGAAGCCUGCAAUCUAAUAAAUAUGGAACAAUUUAUUUCUUUUAUUAGCAGGGUUUAUGGCAGCUUAUGGAUUUAAUAUGGGCGUGUGCAUGUUGAUCUGCCUAUGUAUAAACAGAUAAUUAAACACCGGUAUGUGAAUAUUAGUGUAUCGAACGUUUAAGAGGUGCAUAAGUUUUUAGGCAAAAAAGCUUAGGAAGAAUAACAUGCCAGGAAAGUUUAACAAGUUGGCACCCUAAUCCAUUUCAGCUUCGCCAGACUGGUUCUUGCAAGAAAGUAGGAGAGAAUCCGGAGGAAAAAAUAUUUAGGAGAGGUGAAGUUUCACUUGGCUAUUGAAAAGAAAUGUCUGUUCUUUCUUCUAGAGACUUGUGUUUUCCAAAGAUGCAAUUUGAAAUGUGUUGGGGACUUAGUACUUCCAAGCAGACCUUCAAAGGAUUGUGCCAAAUGUUAUAUUGAUCACUGGCAUUUGGGGGUUCUAGUAAAGAAAUAGAACUGAAGUUGGUUGGCAUGACACAAGAGGAAAAUUGAUGGGAAAGGAGAAGGAAGGAAGCAAAUUCAAAUACUAGUUCUUGGUUACCAUGUUCUUACAGAGUUUCCUUUGUUAUUAUUUUUGGCAGGGAGAAGGUAAACAAGAGGGCUAUGCAGAUCUUUGGAUUCAGUUCCCAAAAGUUCUUUGUGCUUUCCGGGAGAAAAUUUAGCCCCCCAGGUCUGGGGCAAAGGGCUCAUCUCUCCAGAAAGAAUUCCUGAGGGGUUUUUAAAAAAGCCGAGACAUCUUUUCAUCCCUUGAAUUUCACAGUCAUGUGACAGUGGUCUCCAAAGUCACCUUUGGGUGUUUCUUCUCCAUCUGCCACCCUGGAUAGAACCGAGUCUGCUCAGGAGUUGAACCCAACGAUGAAAAUGGAGGCCCCUGAGUCUCCGGCAGACCUGAAGCCAGCAUUAGACCUGGAUGGGCCAAGAGAAAGCCCCAGCGUAGCCCCCAUGGGGUCUGACCGGCAGGAGCUGAGGUGGAGAGGACUCCAGCACAUUAAACAGGAGCCGGAAGAGGGUUGUCUGUCAUCCCUGCACUGGGAGGCCCAGUGGCAGGAGUUCCUGGGGGGCAUGCAGUCCCCUUGCUCAGGAUGGGGGUCCAGACUUCUGCCAGGGACUGCUCCAUGGGGGGACACCAAGGCACCCUUGGCCCACCUGGAGUUGACAGCAGCCAGCAGCCAGCGGUGCUCAGAAGGGGCGUUUUUCCAACCUCUGCCGCCAGGUUUUGUUGGAACGAUGCAGCUGGCUGACCAAGAAAGGCAGAAAGUGAAGGAGGAGAUAGAGAACCAGGACGCCCCUACCCUGGAGCCCCCCUGCCAACGCUUCAGGCGGUUCCUCUACCAGGAAGCUGAGGGGCCCCGGGCGGUUUGCAACCAUCUCUGGGAGCUUUGCCACCAGUGGCUGAAGCCGGAGAGACACAGCAAGGAGCAGAUCCUGGAGCUGGUGAUCCUGGAGCAGUUCCUGGCCGUCCUGCCCCCAGAGAUCCAGAGCUGGGUCCGGGAGUGCCACCCUCACACGUGUGCUCAGGCUGUGGCCCUGGCUGAGGACUUCCUGGUGAGGCAUCCAGAGGAAGGGAGGCAGGAACAGAAGGGCCCAGGGAUGUUUCACGUGGUGACAGUGAAUUUUCCAGAUUCCGAACAAGCGUCAUCCGAAAGGCCGCUUAGCAGGCCGGUCAAACAGGAGGUCAACGAAGAUGGCCUUUCUCAGGCAGAGGACGGGCAGGCGGGUGAAAACGAAAAAGCCAACAAGUGGAAGAACACCGUGGGAAUGGAGCCACACGGGUCACUGUCCCUGGCAAGGCAGGAAGGUGCAGGCGGACUCAAAGAGGCAGGAGAGGCCCGCGGGAGUCCUCAGCGCCUGCAGGAGAACGGCCCCCGAGGAGCGGAUGCAAAUGCGUCUGGAGGGAAGCCGUCUCUGUGCUCAAACUGCGGGGGAAGUUUCAAUCCUGUCUCCGGCCUCCUCGGGCCGGAAGGGUUUCCCCUGGGAGCGAAUCCGUACAAGUGUUCCGUGUGCGACAAAAGCUUCUGUCAGGUGGCCAAACUCAUCGCUCACGAGAGGCUCCACACCGGAGACUGGCCCUACAAAUGCUCCUUCUGCGGCAAGAGCUUCAACCGCAGCUCAGACGUCUCCCGGCACGAGCGGAUCCACACGGGGGAGAAGCCGUUCAAGUGCACCACGUGCGAGAAGUGCUUCAGCCAGCGGUCCAAGCUGAUCGUUCACGAGAGGUUCCACACGGGGGACAAGCCCCACACGUGCUCCUACUGCGGGAGGAGCUUCCACCAACGGUCGGACCUCGUGAAGCACGAGCGGAUCCACACGGGGGAGAAGCCGUACAAGUGCUCGGAUUGCGGGGGGAGCUUCCACCGGAGCUCGGACCUCGUGAAGCACAAGUGGAUCCACACGGGGGAGCGGCCGUACAAGUGCUCCACGUGUGAGAAGAGCUUCCGGCAGCGCUCAGCCCUCCUGUACCACGAGAGGACCCACACGGGGGAGAAGCCGUACACCUGCACUGCCUGCGGGAAGGGCUUCAGCUGCAAAGCCCACCUGGUGCUCCAUAAAAGAACCCACACUGGGGAGAAACCCUACAAAUGCAACUUCUGUGGGAAAAGUUUCACCACCAGUUCGUACUUUGUGAAGCACCAGAGGAUGCAUUUAGGGCAGGAAACGCUGCCAGUGCUGAGGUCCUCCUCUUCUUUCUCCUUUCCCUCAAAGUCUUCAAGGGAACUGAAAUUGCAGAAAGAAAUGGAUACCGGCAUCUCAGUCCAGGAUCUCCAAAUCCAGCCUAGGUUAGAGUGGAGGCUGCAGGCUGGGAUGAAAAUAGAAGGGCAGGAAUCAGGGGCGAGACCGAAGGCUGCGGAAUUCCGCCCUGUUGCCCAAACAGGAACCAAAUCACACAAUCUGAAACAAACACCGUCACAGCGCCUCGAAGAGGAAGAUGAGGAGGGGAUGUUUUCACAGCACUGGGAAGGGCAAUGGCAAGACUUUUUGAAGACGAUCCGGUUUUCCAGCUCAGAACAAGGGGGCUCGCUGUUCCUGCUUCAUCCUGAGACUAAGUCUCAAGCCCCUGCCUUUGAGAGGGCAGCCAACUCAGCAGCGAAGGAAGAAGGAAUGCCCAUGUGCCGGUCAACAUUAAAAGGGCAAGCAAAUAGCCCGCCAGGUGUCAGAAAUGGGACAAACGCUUAUCCUGUGAAGGAGACCAAACCCGAUGAGGAUGAUGCUCUGGAGACCCAGCGCCAGAACUUCCGGCAGUUUUUCUACCCGGAAACGGGAGGGCCCCAGGUUGCAUACAGACAGCUCCAGGCUCUGUGCCACCGGUGGCUGAGGCCGGAGAGGCACACCAAGGAGCAGAUCCUGGAGCUGGUGAUCCUGGAGCAGUUCCUGGCCAUCCUGCCUGGAGAAGUCCAAAGAUGGGUCAAGGAACUUGAGCCUAAGAGCUGCCCCCAGGCCGUGGCUCUGACAGAGGAUUUCUUUCAGAGGCAAAGAGGAGCAGAGAGGCAGGAGCAGCAGACCAGGCCGCCUCAGGAUGACGCUGGAGAUUUCCCUGCUGAAGAUGGGGCUUCUCUGGAAACCAGAGGGGUGGCCCCUGGCGCUGAAGUCAAGACAGAAGGCAAUGAGUGGCAGGGAAAGGAGGAAAGAGAGCUGUCAGGUUUAUCAUCAGAAGAAGGAAACAAUAAAAAUCCUGACAAAUCAGCGUGGAAGGAAGAGAAUUCACUGGAAGAAAGCAGCGCUGAGGCCGUUCCUGUUUCUCAAAGCCGUGAGGCACCUGAAAUUGUGGCCCAGGCAGUUCUACCCAAAGAGAGUGGAGGAAUGAAGUGCACGGCGUGUGGGAAAAUCUUCACAAGCGAGGCAGACCUUAACAGACAUCGGACAACGCAUACGAGAGACAAGCCUUAUGAAUGCUCAGACUGUGGGAAGAGCUUCCACUGGAGGUCGAUCCUGAAUGCCCACAGGAGAAAACACACGGGGGAGAAACCAUUCCAGUGUGCCGAGUGUGGGAAAAGUUUCAGCCAUAGUUCCUACCUUCUGGGCCACAAGAGGACUCACACGGGAGAGAAACCCUACGAAUGCUUGGAGUGUGGGAAAAGUUUCCGCCUGAGCUCCCAUCUGAUCAAUCACAAGAAAAUCCACACCGGACAGAAACCCUUUAAAUGCCCCGACUGUGGGAAGCAUUUCCGACGGAGCUCGCACCUGAAUUGCCACAAACGACUGCACACGGGGGACAAGCCCUACCAGUGCCCUGACUGUGGGAAAAGUUUCUGUCGGAGCUCCAACCUGAACAGUCAUAAGCGGAUCCACACGGGAGAGAAGCCCUUUGAAUGUUCCGUCUGUGGAAAGCGCUUCUGCCAAAGCUCACAGCUGCAUCAGCAUCAGGCCACCCACAUGGGCGAGAAGUCGCAUAAGUGCUCGGACUGCGGCAGGAGCUUCAGCCAACUGUCCUAUCUUCACAGCCACAAGAGGAUGCACGCCGCCGAGAAGUCGUUUCCGUGCUUGGAGUGUGGGAAGAGCUUCCACUGGUUGUCGCAGCUGAACAACCACAAGAGCGCGCACACAGGAGAAAAACCGUACAGGUGCUCGGAUUGCGGGAAGAGCUUCAGCUGGCGGUCGCAGCUUAGCAUCCACCAGAAGAUUCACGUGGAAGAGAAGCCAUACGAGUGUGCGGACUGUGGGAAGACGUUCCACUGCAAAUCGUACCUUCACGACCAUCAAAGGAACCACACUGGGGAGAGACCCUACGAAUGCGUGGAGUGUGGAAAAAGCUUCCACUGGAGAUCUAACCUUCACGAUCACAAGAAGAUCCACACGGGAGAGAAACCCUAUGAAUGCUCCAACUGCGGGAAGAGCUUCCGUCAGAGUUCACACCUUCAUGCGCAUAAGAGAAUCCACACAGAAACGAAGCAACAUAAAUAAGCUAUUCACCACUGCAGAUGGCAUCUUAACGUUCAUUCCGAUUCAUAAAGGACAGCUUCCAGUGGCUGGCACAUUUUAGCAACUCCAUGAAAAAGGACAGAUUUAUGGAGCCCUAAGUAUAAUGCUUUAUUAAUACCACAUGUUUAGAUUUCUAAAGAGCUCCUAUAGAAGUACCAAAACCAUCAAAUCUGCAGAUUUUCUGCAUCGUU